UUGUUAGGACGAUAUUUUUUCAGAGUUGCAAAAUUACUGUUCGAGGAAGACCCAUAUGCAGCUUAUCAGAAGUAUGUGUAUUCAACGCGUCACCAGUUGGCAUCAUGUGAUUGCUCACUUCCCGAACGCCCACAACUCAACGAUAUCCAUAGUAUAGCCAAUCAACUGAAUAUAACUGAUCAUAUUACCCGGGAUACUCUUGUCGUUCCCGGUCUUCACGUUGUUCCGGAUUUUUUGGACGAAAAAGAAGAGGAAGAUUUGGUGCGCGCAAUCGAUCAAACUGAUUGGAUUCUUUCACAAUCUGGACGUCGGAAACAGGAUUAUGGACCUCGUGUUAAUUUCAAGCAUAAAAAAGUGAAAAUGGAUCGUUUUCAUGGAAUGCCAGCUUACACCGAUUUAAUUUUGAAUAGAAUGAAGUCCAUAUCAUCUGAAUUAUUUGGAUCCUACCAGCCAUUCGAACUGUGUAAUUUGGAAUAUCGUGAUGAUCGCUGGUCCGCAAUUGAAAUGCAUGCCGAUGACACAUGGAUUUGGGGAAAUCGCUUAAUAUCGUCCGUUUUUGUAUUAAUUGCUUUAAUUUCUUUUUUUUUUUUU